AUGACAACUUUCGUUCCCCUUGCAACGGACGGCGAUGGGACCGCCUCGGCCGUCGCUGUUGGCGACUGGCUUCUUCAAAUCAUCAACUUGAAGAACCCUGCGCAGACCCAGAGCUACUACACGCAGUUCCUGGAGCAGUUCGACAAGGACGAGGAGACGGGCGAGCAGAGGAUCCGCGACCACUUCCAGCUCUUCGAACUUCUCCUCUCUCAGCACCAACUUGUCUUCAACUACGCUACUCAUGCCCGACAACAGCCUGCCGGCGAAAAGAGCGACAGGCCGGCGGCGACGCGAAAAACCUUCCUGGAGGCAGUGCACGAAGUCGAGGAGUUUUUCACCGUUCUCAUCGCCAUGGUGGUUCUUCGCAUCGAAAACGUCGAACAGGCCGGACAAGCGGCUGGCACGCUUUGCUCGGUUUUCCGCGCCUCCACAGACAUGGCAGAAUUUCGGCUGCGCCUGCUGCAGUCGCUGUACAACGCGUUCCCCCCCAACUUCCCCUACCGGUUCCCCAUCUUUGUGGCCACGCUCGAGUACGCGGCGGAAACCAAUCUCUUCAACGUCAUGCUCCCCUACAUUCGCUACAUUAACGAAUGGAUGCGCGACUGGAAUCUGCCACCUUCGUCCAAGCGCCAAGUCUUCCUCAUUCUCGCUAACGAGCUGAAGAAACUGAAGAAGGCAGAUGAGGCGUACCCCUUCCUCAAGCGCCACGUCCAGUUCUUCCAGAACGAAAAAGAAGAAAUCCUCGCGAAUGGAGCGACAAUCUCCGCGGCGGUCGAGUUGGUGGAAGACAGCAUUCGCCUUCCGGACGUGAUUGUCUUCGACGGCCUGAUGGACUUGCAUGCAGUGGUGUAUCUGCGGAAGACUGCGCAUGCGCCUCUCAUUGAACUGCUUCAAAUCUUCGUUAACCAAGGCCCGAAAGAACUCGAAGCCUUCAAGAGCAAACACCCGCAAGUCUUCGAGGAGCACGGUCUGAACUACGAGCAGUGCUUGGCGAAAAUCCGCCUUCUCGCCGUCGCCUCGCUCGUGCACGGUCGCAAGAAGGAAGUGUCUAUUCGCGCAAUCGGAGACGCGCUCCAACUGAGCGAAGCAGGCGCGGAGGAAGUCGCCGUCCAGGCGAUCGGCCAGGGAAUCGUCGACGCGAAAAUCGAUCAAAUGGCCCGCGUGCUCCACGUUCGCUCCGCCAUGCAGCGCGAGUUCGGCCGUCAGCAGUGGGAAGAACUGCUCGAGCGCAUCGAGCACUGGGGCGAGGGCGUUCGGGCGCUCAUCGGCUGCAUGCAAAGCGUGAAAAACCAGGUGGCCUCGGCCGCGGCCGGGUCUUCGCCGGGCGGCCUCUCCCCUCCAGGCGCCUCUCUGGGGGCUGCGGCCGGCUCCGUGGCGGCUCCGCAGCAGUAA